AUGCUCCCGCACUUAUUCUGCUCCGAUGUCCCACCUCAAUCUGAUGAUGAUGAGGGUCUCAGGAAGCCCCCACGUCCUCACAUCAGAAACCUGAAGCAGAAGAUGUCUUUCUCUGCCAUGGGAGAUUCGGAUUCUGCUCUGUCCCUGGACUCCAGCGUCUUCUACAGCGAUUGUUCUGCAGCCCCCCGAGAUCAUUUCACCAUCAAUGUGGGGGGCAGCAGAUUCGUCCUUUCUCUGCAAACCCUAUCCAGUCACCCACAGACACGGCUGGGGAAGCUGGCAACUUCAGGAAGGGAUGAGGUGUAUGACCUGUGUGAUGACGCUAACCUGAUGGACAAUGAGUAUUUCUUUGACCGGAGCUCCCAGAUGUUCGAGUACAUCAUUAACUACUACAAGACUGGACGUCUGCACAUCAUGGAGCAGCUGUGUGCAGUGUCCUUUCUCCAGGAGAUUGAGUACUGGGGGAUUGAUGAGUUGAGCAUUGACCACUGCUGCAGGGACAGGUACUUCAGGAAGAAACUACAGACUGAGACCUUGGACAUUAAGAAGGACCAGGAGGAGCUUGAGUCAGAAGAAGAUGACUUCACAGGAGUUCCAUUUGAAAACUUGAGACAGAAGCUCUGGGAUGUCCUGGAGAAGCCUGGAUCUUCAGUAGCAGCUAAGACCUUUGGCACGGUUUCUAUGACUUUUGUGGUGGUCUCCAUAGCUAACAUGGUGCUGAUCUCCUCUGAGGUCAGCACGAUAGACCAACCUCUCUUAAAUAUCUUGGAAUAUGUCUGUGUCACCUGGUUUACAGUGGAGUUAGUUCUCAGGUUUCUAUGUGUGAGGGACAAAUGCCAUUUCAUGAUGAGUGUGGUUAACAUGAUAGACCUGAUUGCUAUCCUGCCCUUCUACAUCACACUGGUGGUGGAAACCUGGUUUGGGGAGAGAACCGACCUUGAGAAUGUGGGGAGGAUAGUGCAGGUUCUGAGACUCAUGAGAUCACUGAGGAUGCUGAAGCUGGGAAGGCAUUCAACAGGUCUAAAGUCUUUAGGAAUGACCAUUGCUCAGUGUUACGAAGAAGUCGGCCUUCUGCUUCUCUUCCUAUCAGUGGGCAUUUCCAUAUUCUCUGCCCUGGAAUACGCCAUUGAACACAACGUUCCUGACACAAGUUUCACAAGUGUCCCCUGUGCCUGGUGGUGGGCGACAACCUCCAUGACAACUGUAGGCUACGGAGACAUCAGACCGGACACCACAUUUGGUAAAAUUGUCGCCUUUCUGUGCAUUUUAUCUGGCAUUUUAGUUUUAGCCCUACCAAUUGCUAUUAUCAAUGACCGAUUUGCUGCUUGUUACUUCACAUUAAAAAUGAAGGAGACAGCUCUGAGGCAAAGGGAGGCCUUAAAGAAGCUAAUGAAGAACAUCAGCACCGAAUCCGAUAUCAACGUGAAUCUAAGGGACAUUUAUGCCAAAAGUGUCAUGGAAAUGUUACGACUGAAAACCCGAGAACGAGCAAGUACAAGGAGCAGCGGAGGAGAUGACUUUUGGUAA